AUGGACGCCCUGAUAACAGGACGACAUCGUAUCUGCCCCUCUAUUUCAGGUAUACGUCACGCCCUCCGGAUAGCAAUUGUUGGAGAAGAGAAAAGAGGGUUUAAAAAGACCACUCUCCGGGGAAAUCAAAUAGGAUGUCGAAUUGUAAUUUUUCAGCAAAAUGCUGGAUAUACAGAAGAAUUGAAAGCAAAGCCUGAACAUUUGAAAUUCUUAAUAGGAAAGAAUGGGGCCAAUGUUAAGAAGAUAAGAGAUAAAACAAAAGCAAGAAUUAUUUUUCCAUCAGAAAAAGAUGAUGAUCGUGAAUCGAUUGUUAUUAUUGGCAGAAAAGAGGAAGUGAUGCAAGCAAAGAAAGAACUCCAGGAUAUGAUUAAAGAAUUGGUUAGAAUAUUUUAA